AUGAUCUCCCACGCUUCCGCCAUGAGCGUGACUUAUACCUCGAGGAGCGCGAAGAGGCCCGUUUCGAACAAAUCCAAGCCCAAGAACAGUCUACUGCCUCCCCUGAUGCUUACAUCCAAACCGCUCACACUGCCCUCCGCAAAGCCCAUGCCCUCGCUGAAGCCGACAAUCAACGCUUGCGCACCGAUCGCGACGCACCCCGUGCAAGCCUCACCCAACAGCAGCACGAACAUUCCCAACUCUUACAGGAAGCACUCGCAGAGAACGAAGACCUCACCACUGCCGCCACUCAGCUCCACGACGAAACAACUCCAGGUUGCUCAGAGCAAGAUUCGCAAGCUCGAACAACGCAUCCCAUCCGCCGCACCUCGGUCUCACCCAGCUUCCCCACUCCUAAUACCGAACAUCCCUAACAGUCGUGCCACCACUGGCAAAGCUCUUAAAUAUUCGAGCAACAACCCGGCUACGAAGCUUACCGAGGACUACAAUUUCCCCAAUUGGCAUCGUCAACUCAUACACAUCCUUAAGUAUGGCGUUCUCCACACUCUUCAACCUGCCUCCACUGCCGACUACUCCGAGAAAACCGUCGGCACCACCUUCUUAUUCAAGUCACUCGGCAGCGGCCUCCCAGAACAGUAUGGCACCUACCUCGACCAAGACCCUCAUGUAUUCUAUCGCCGCCUUUGCAACGACGUCAACUCCAUCACUAUCGGUCGUAUAUGGGAGCUUCUUGUCCAACUUGUAACCCUCCCCAAGCAACCAUUCCUCGACGACAGCAUCGCCAAAGUCCACCUACUUCGCGACCAACUCAAAGGCCUCCAUGCCGACACUCCUGAGUUCUAUCACAUCUGCAGUCUACUUCAACCCCUCCAUGACGGCUUUGACAUCGUUGCCCAAGACGUCAUGGGUGCUACCGACCACACAUACACCCCGCUAUCGUCACUAAGAUGA